AAAAAAACUGGAGGCCAGAUUUUUCAUCACGCCUCAAUAAAUGCAGACUACCUGAACAAGAUUAGACUCCAGAGUUUCACAAAAGUCAGGAUUUCCUGUCAUCAGCACAAUGUGACAAACAGUGGAAGUAGGCUGCCUCAGGGUCGCCACCGAGCGGUGUGUGUGGAGUGCUGCAAAGAGAGAGUGUGUUUGUUGGACUGAUCUGACACACCGAAGUGGCGCUGUCAGCGAGAGAGCAAAACGAAAAUUGAACCGGUGUGUCCGCAGACCAAAACGCUCUUUAAACUGGAGGGUGGCGAGAAGAAAAUUAAGAACUAAAUCUUCCCCUCUUUGAUAAGGAAGGCGGCCUGUAUUGCACCGCGAAGAUGGGGAACCGGGGAAUGGAGGAUUUGAUUCCUCUGGUGAACCGCAUGCAGGAUGCCUUCUCCGCCAUCGGUCAAAACGCAAACCUGGACCUGCCGCAGAUCGCCGUGGUGGGCGGCCAGAGUGCUGGCAAGAGCUCGGUGCUGGAGAACUUCGUCGGGAGGGAUUUCCUUCCUCGUGGUUCUGGUAUUGUAACCCGUCGUCCUUUGGUCCUGCAGCUGAUUAACUGUCCCACAGAAUAUGCAGAGUUCCUCCACUGUAAGGGCAAAAAGUUCACAGAUUUUGAUGAGGUCCGACAGGAAAUUGAGGCAGAGACUGACCGCGUCACGGGGGCCAACAAGGGCAUCUCCCCUGUACCCAUCAACCUGCGUGUCUACUCUCCUCAUGUGCUGAACCUGACCCUGGUCGAUUUGCCGGGAAUGACCAAGGUGCCAGUGGGCGACCAACCUGCAGAUAUCGAGUUUCAGAUUAGAGACAUGCUGUUUCAGUUUGUCACCAAGGAGAACUGUCUGUUGCUGGCUGUCUCCCCAGCCAACUCUGAUCUGGCCAACUCUGAUGCUUUAAAGAUUUCCAAAGAGGUCGACCCUCAGGGUCUGAGGACCAUUGGCGUCAUCACCAAGUUGGACCUGAUGGAUGAGGGGACAGAUGCUAAAGACAUCCUGGAGAAUAAGUUGCUUCCACUCAGGAGGGGUUACAUUGGUGUAGUGAAUAGGAGCCAGAAGGACAUAGAUGGGAAGAAGGAUAUUAAUGCUGCUAUAGCUGCUGAGAGGAAGUUCUUUCUCUCCCACCCUGCAUAUCGGCACCUGGCCGACCGUAUGGGCACUCCCUAUCUCCAGAAAGUUCUCAAUCAGCAACUCACCAAUCACAUCCGAGACACCCUGCCAGGCCUGCGGGCCAAGCUGCAGAGCCAGCUACUCUCCAUAGAGAAGGAGGUGGAAGAGUACAAGAACUUCAGACCAGAUGAUCCGUCUCGAAAGACCAAGGCUCUGCUCCAGAUGGUGCAGCAGUUCUCUGUGGACUUUGACAAGUGCAUAGAGGGCUCUGGGGACCAGAUUGACACAGCUGAGCUGUCAGGUGGUGCCAGAAUUAAUCGCAUCUUCCAUGAACGCUUCCCUUUUGAACUGGUCAAGCUAGAGUUUGAUGAAAAGGAGCUCCGCAAGGAGAUCAGCUACGCCAUCAAGAACAUUCACGGCAUCAGGACGGGGAUGUUCACCCCUGACCUGGCAUUUGAGACCAUAGUGAAAAAGCAGAUCCAAAAGCUGAAGCAGCCCACACUGAAGUGUAUAGAUAUGGUAGCAAGCGAGCUCACCUCCACCAUUCAAAAGUGUAGUCAGAAGCUGGCUCACUAUCCAGUGCUGAGAGAGGAGAUGGAGAAAAUUGUCACCCAGCACAUCAGGGACCGAGAAAGCCGCACUAAGGAUCAGGUGUUGCUGUUGAUAGACAUUGAGUUGUCCUACAUGAACACUAACCAUGAGGACUUCAUUGGAUUUGCUAAUGCUCAGCAGAGGAUCAACCAGAUGAGUAAGAAGAAAGCAGCUGGCAAUCAGGAUGAAAUCAUGGUGAUCAGGAAGGGCUGGCUGACCAUCAACAACAUCAGCAUCAUGAAGGGAGGAGCCAAGGAAUACUGGUUUGUCCUCACUGCAGAGUCUCUGUCCUGGUACAAGGAUGAUGAGGAGAAAGAGAAGAAGUACAUGCUGCAGGUGGACAACCUGAAGCUGCGUGAUGUGGAGAAAGGCUUCAUGUCUAGCAAGCAUAUCUUUGCUCUCUUCAACACUGAACAGAGAAAUGUGUAUAAAGACUACCGUCAGCUGGAGCUGGCCUGUGAGAGUCAGGAAGAUAUUGAUGCUUGGAAGGCCUCCUUCCUCCGAGCAGGAGUUUAUCCUGAACGGGUCACAGAGAAGGAAGGAAAGAGUGAUGGUGGUGAUGAAAACAGCUCUGACAAAUUUGUGCACAGCAUGGACCCUCAGCUCGAGCGGCAGGUGGAGACCAUUCGCAACCUGGUCGACUCCUAUAUGGCCAUUGUGAACAAGACUGUCCGUGACUUGAUGCCAAAAACCAUCAUGCACCUCAUGAUUAACAAUACCAAGGAGUUUAUUAAUGCUGAGCUGCUGGCCCAGUUGUACUCAUGUGCCGACCAGAACACGCUGAUGGAGGAGUCUCAGGAACAGGCCCAGCACCGUGAUGAGAUGCUGCGGAUGUACCACGCCCUGCGGGAGGCCCUCGGCAUCAUCGGUGACAUCAGUACAUCCACAGUAAGCACCACCAUGCCACCACCUGUGGACGACACCUGGUUGCAGGUGCAACGGAGCAGCUCCGGAGGAAGGUCUCCAGCCACCAGUCCAACUCCAAGCCGUAGGGCUCCACCAGGACCCCCAACCCGCCCAGUCUCUCGCGGGCCUCCACCUGCUGGAGGACCCCCUGUCCCGUCUCGCCCUGGAGUUUCCCCCGACCCUUACAGUGGGCUGCCACCCACUGUUCCCUCCAGACCUAACCGUGCACCCCCAAGUGUACCCAGUUGGAGACCCCCUCCCUCUCCAACCCACUAGACCUCUGAGCUCCUUCCUCCCUCCUCCCGUCAUCUCUCCUUCUUCUGGAUGAGAGGUCCUGGACAACAGCACCACCUCCUGGCCAUUUUCUGCCUCGCCUGACCUGAGCUGGUUCCCUUCUCCUGCUCCUCCCUCACAACCAGCCAUGUCUCUCUUUCUCUCCCCCACUCUCCUGUUUUACACAGAGAUGCACAAUACUUGAAACACCCCUGCACGACUGUCAUACAAACAUCCUGCACCCUCAGAAUUUAAAGAAAGUAUGUAGAAAAUAUUAAAUAAUUGAUAAGAAACUGACCCGUGUAUGUGCACAUGUGCAUGCACACUUGCUUACACACACACACACACACAUAUAUGUAUGUAUACACACACAAACUUUGUUGCUGCAUUAUUUUAUCAAGGCAGGCUCUGACCAGAAAGUGUAUUAUAUAUUGUAGUACGCCCUCCUGCAGGUAGCUGCAUGCGAGUAGUCACACAAGAGCCAGAGCCUACAUUUUUAGCUAAGAGGAAGGGAGUCUGUGACCUGGGUUGCAGCCCAUGACUGUUAGAUGCAGUAGCUCCUUGUACAUCCUCAUGGAAGAGGUUUUAAAUAUCUGGACUGUGUUUCUAAGUCACCUUUGAUCACAUUAUGCGUCAAAUCUCCUGAUAUAUUGAACCUUGAAAACCUUCAGCAUUUUAUUGUUGAUAAUAUACCAUCUCUUUUCUGUUCUUUCCUCUUUUUGUCUUCUUUUCCUUCUCUCAGUGGUCACGGGGGUGAGUGAGAAUAUGAAAACAGCUACGGUCUAUGUUUAAACUAUCAAACGCUCCUUCUGUUCUCACACUGCUACCUGAGAGCCUGAGGUCAACCCAUCUUUUUAGCUGUAUUUCACUGCUGUCAGUGUGAUGUGUUGUAGUUUGACCCCAGUCAAAAAUACCAAACCCACCAACCACCACUAACUCACCUGUACCUCAGUUGGCGUCUUUUACAAACCCCUGAAACACAUCAUUGAUCCUCUGUGACUCCUCGGCUGCAAAGCAAACACAACAAAGCAUAUUCCACUUAUUUAACAGUAAAUAGUUUAUUAUUGACAUACGGUAUCUUACUGUAUUAAUAUAUAUGUAUAGUACAUCUUAUGGGACUUGUACUUCUGUCUACAGCCAUGUUUGAAAAUGCUUAAUAUUUAAAUUAUGAAUAAAUUACUAUAAGGGAAUAACAUUUGAAAAUGUAUAAUGCAGUGAUGUAUAUGGACAUUGGAAAGUAGUUUGAUAUUUGUAGCAGACUUUUUUGUGCUUGUUCUUUUGUCUCUCUGUGCACAAGAGUAAGGAGGGGCAGCAUGAGUGUGUGAAAUCCAGCAGCAACCACCUCAUGCAUCUUGUUCAAACCGAUGCGGAUAGAAUGACGACUUUAUCCUGCAGGACCGCUGUGCUUUGUCAAUGCAUUAAAAAGCUUAGUGUA